CUUCUGUAUCUGAGGUUACUUACAAAGACUAUGGACUGUGUACUUCUGCUGGUCCCGGUUUUCUUAAAAUAUAAAAGUAGUUGAUGGGCAAACAUGAGUGAUAUUGACCCCAGAAACCCCUCACAGCCACCGGAUCAUUUCUCUGAGAGUGGGCAGACAAUGAUCCCCCGUCACCCUCAAAUCACGGACCCCAUUUCGUCGAAACACGUCUGCUUCUAUAAGAGCGGCGACCCCCAGUUCAGUGGGCUAAAGAUGGUCAUCAACAAUCGGACUUUUAAAUCGUUUGAUGCCCUGUUGGAUACCUUAUCUAAGAAAGUUCCUUUGCCCUUCGGGGUUCGAAACAUCACCACCCCUCGUGGAAUCCAUGGUAUCAACCAUCUUGACGAGCUAGAGGACGGGAAGUCAUACAUUUGCUCAGAUCAAAAGAAAGUCAAGCCUAUAGAUUUGGAUGUGGCGAGUAAGAAGCCAGUACCCUGGUAUACCACCAGGCCAGUGAGCGCCCGCCGCCGUGCGGUACACCUGGCCAGGCAAAAUGACAGCAGGAUUAUGAAACGUGAAAACUCACUGGUGGUGCGCACACCCAAAAAACUUGUUGUCUUCAAAAACGGAGACUCUGGAAUCAAGCACACCAUAAUGCUGCAAAAGAAAACAUCACAGACGUUUGAGUCACUUCUCGGUCACGUGACAGAGGUGAUGCAGUUUCCUGUAGUAAAGCUGUAUACUCCAGAUGGCAGAAGGGUUGAUAGUCUCCAGUCUCUGAUUCUGUGCUCAGGGGUUGUUGUAGCUUCAGGACGAGAACCGUUCAAACCAGGCAGCUAUGAUCCUCAAACACAGACUCUGCCUGCAAAGCUGCCUGGAGUCUCCAGUCACGUUCAGCCAAAGCACAGAGAGAGGCUGGGACGAAGGAAUCGAGGAAAAUGGAGAGUGUCAGUUGUCACAAGCUCCCUGCCAUCGGCUGGUACAAGUUCCCAAGUUUAUAUCAUACUGUACGGGCUCCAGGGGAACUCUGGACCUCUUUUUCUGCUUGGGAGAGAGGGGGACCUCUUCCAGAGUGGCCAUGAAGACAUUUUUGAUAUAAAUGUUGGUAAUAUCGGUGAGCUCUUCAAAAUCCGUAUUGGACACAACAGCUCUGGACAGUCCCCUGGAUGGCACUGUGAAGAGGUGCGACUGCAGAAUCUGUUCACUGAAGAGAUGUUCUAUCUUCCUGUCAAUCGCUGGCUCUCUCAGGAGGAGGAGAAGGGUGGGGAGAUAUGCAGAGAAGUGCCAGUGUUACAUCAUGGUUACCCUGUUUUCCCUGUUACUCUGUACGGGGUCAGUGUUGUGACAGGAGACCUGUGGAAUGCAGGAACAGGGGCCAAUGUAUACAUCAAUGUUUAUGGGGAAAAUGGUGAUACAGGGUCAAGACAGCUUUUAAACUCAAAGAAGCCCACAACGUUUUGUAAAGGACAGGUUGACACUUUCACCCUUGAGGCUGUUCAUCUUGGGCACUUGGAAAAGGUUGUUAUCGGACAUGAUGGACUCGGGGAAGGUAGUGGAUGGUUUCUAGAGAAAGUUGUCUUAACUGAUUCUUUGAAGGAUGUGGAGUAUACAUUUCUGUGCAACAGAUGGCUGGACCAAGGUGAGAUGGAUGGUAAAAUAGUGACGGAGCUUUACGUAUCAGAUGGCCUCAACUAUUCCACAAGGCAAGAACUGGAACACAAAAGAAUGGAAAUUUGGGCUGUGGAGAGAUGGAAAUUCCAGAAAGGAAACAUUGUGCAGCUCUUCUGUAAGUUGACAGGAAAGUGUGUUCGACUACAUCCAGAUGGGACAGUUGAUGCUCUUGGAGAUAAGAGGGAUAAACAAGGUUUUUUUGACAUGAGACUGAAGAGAGGAAAUAUCAGAGUGUUUCGCAGUCUUCCCCACCCGCAGCUCACUCUCGCUAUUGCCAAAGGCAGAGUCACAGCACUGGAAAAUGGUGGAAGUCUCUGCGAGCUACAAGUCCAGAUUCACCCCAACCGCUGUGUCAGUUUAGAGUCUGUUCAAAUUCCAGGAUACUUAGUGACUUUUGACACAGAAGGGCACCCAGCUGAUGGAGCCACAGGAUACUCUGGCCUUUGCAAAGAGUUUGUGGUUCAUGUGAAGGGUAUGCUUCGUGAUGGGGCCGUGAUCAUGCUCAACAGCAGUGUGAGUCAGGCUCUGUGCAUCACCAGAGACGGUCGGUGUGUAGGCACCGGGAGGCAAGCUGAGGAGUCUUACUUUCGAGUGCACAAGGUCUGCCCUGGCGUCUGCAUGUUCCAGAGCCUCCACUGUCCAGACAUGUACCUGCAGGUCAAGGGUGGCCAAUGUAAUGGAAGAGGCACGGGAGACUGCUACAGCCACUUCAAAGUAGAGAAGAAUUAUCAAACCGGCUCCUUGAGCCUGGAAUCUGUGAAAUGCAGCGGGAUGUUCUUAGGCCUCCUCCCGGACGGGUCAGCCAAGCCACUGGUUCACACUGGAGUCUCCAAUGUCAUGUUCUAUCCACAGGUUAUACAAUAUGGUAGAGAAAAACCCACUGGUACGUCUGCAACACCGAUCAGGCAUGUCACGCCAGUUCCACCUAUACCCAGAAAAUCUCCUGCCCCAUUCAAAAAGGUGAAAACGAAGCGUUUGGAGCCCCUUGUGUCCUCCGAUGAUGAGUGGACAGUAUCAGUCGUGACUGGAUAUCCAGGGACGCAGGCCCAGGUGUCUCUGUGGAUAUAUGGAAGUGAGGGAAACGCAGGGCCCAUAUUACUGGAGAAAUCCAACAGAGACACAUUGUUCUCUCCCAAACAAGAAGACGAAUUUCAGCUCGCCAUGACUAACAUUGGCGAAAUUUACAAAAUAAGAAUUGGACACGAUGGAACAAGCGAUCAUCCUGAUUGGAACCUACAAAGUGUAUCGCUGAGAAAAAAUAAAGAUGGCCCAACACUACAAUUCAGUGUAAAUCGUUGGUUGUCAAGAAAUCAUGGAAAUGGAGACAUUUUGUGUGAAGUUGCAGCAAUGAAAGAAGAUGGACAACCUAUUUUUCCAGUUGUAAAAUAUCAAGUGACUAUCUACACUGGGCAUUUGAAUCAUGCUGAAACUCAGUCUCCUGUUCUCAUCUGCCUUUAUGGUGAGAGAGGUGAUUCGGGGUUGCGUCUUCUCCAUAAAGCUCAGCUGGCCAACACGUUUCGGAGAGGACAGGUUGAUGCGUUUGAAUUGGAAGCAGUGUCCCUUGGCAAGCUUCAAAAGGUACUAUUGUGCUGUGAAGCGAAAAAUAAAUCAGACUACUGGUACUGUGAAAAAGUCAUCAUCGGGGAACCGGGAGGAGGUUCUGAAUACAUCUUCAAUUGUGAAAGGUGGAUUCCUUUUUCAUCCGAAGGUGUUGUCAAGACUGGGAUAGAGCUGCAGGUUCAAGAGAUUCGCAUGAGUGUUCAACACAAUGAGAAGGAAAUGCCACAUGAUGGAGGCUGGAAAGUAACAGUUGUGACUGGAGACUUUGAUUCUGCCAGCACUGAAGCCACUGUUUACCUCCAUGCUUAUGGGGAAAAGGGAGAAUCAGGUCCUAUCAUUCUGGGCUCCGGAAAGCAUCAGCUUUUUAAUCAAAACAGCGCUGACACAUUUCAGGUAGAUUUCGGAUGCAUCGGGGGGUUGUACAAACUGAGGAUAGGCCACGACAACAGCGGGGAAGAUCCUAAAUGGUACUUGGAAGAAGUGAUUUUGCAUGAACUGGCCACAGGGAAAGAGUUUGCACUUCGUGUGGACCAGUGGCUGGCUGGGGAAAAUGAAGAUGGACGUGUUUGGAAGGAGGUGCCUGUUCCCCUUAUCGGAGGGGACUCUCUUUCAGUGGUUGUCUAUCAGGUUCAGGUUCAUACUGGGUCCAAGCCUGGAGCUGAGACGGAUGCUUCUGUGUAUAUUAACAUCUUCGGGACCAGAGGCGACACUGGAAAAAGAAAACUGCAUCAAUCACUGAAUCAUAAACUGAAAUUUCAACAAGGUCAAGUUGACAUUUUCAACAUUGAAGCUGUUUCACUGGAGAAGCUGAGAAAGGUUGUGAUAGGGCACAAUGGCACAGGUCCAGGAGAUGGAUGGUUUUUAGAAAAAGUAAUCAUCAAAGCUGAAGAAGAGGACAAGCACGAAAGUGUAUUUCUUUGCAACAGUUGGCUGGAUGUGUACCAGGAUGAUGGGAAGACUGAAAGGGAGCUCUUUGUUGAAGGAUAUGAGGAAAUCAAGAAAGAAUCGCAGAAAGGCAAGUAG